GUGCUUCAGUUUUCUUUGUUUGCUCACUUUAGAAUCGAAUAUUAGUUGUGUGCUGUGUUGGGUCUGUAAAGGCAAGCAAACCUUGACUUUCCCCUCCAACGAAUCCAAACUCUGCUUGCUACCGGAGGGACAUCCACUCUCAUUUUCAACAUCUCUUUUCAUAAUUACAAUUCUUCUAUAUUAAACAAUAUUAUGACUGCGUAUGUAUAUGCUUAGUCACAUAGAUACAUGUGUGAUUCAAUUAAGACUUAAUAAGAUUUAGCUGAUGAAACAGUGGUAGGCUAGCACAUGCAAUGAAAUGAAUGGCUUCAUGCCAUAUACUUACCACCCAACAAAUAAUGCCCCAAACUUUACAGCACAAUACAUAUACUCUAAUCCACUCCCACCAAAUUAAGCCAUUCUUAUCAUGUCUCCUACCAGAGAAGCUGCAGCCACAGUGAUACCGUUGAAGAAGACUACUUCAUUUUCCCUGAAUCAAUUCCCAACCUCUCCUCCUCUUACAUUCGGAGAACCAUUACUCCACUCCGGUCACCCACAACACCCUCUGUAUCCGGUGCAGAUGUCGGACCUCUUUACCUGCUCCGGCUGCAAGGAGUACGGUUCAGGAAAGCGAUUCAUUUGUCAACAAUGUGAGUUUCAGCUGCAUGACUUCUGCGCCACGGCUCCUCAACAUCUCAAAGCACAUCCUCUCCAUAUGCACCACCUUCUUUCCUUCUCUUCCAAGCCAGUAAAAGGUGGCAUCUUGAAAUCAAAAUGUGAUGUUUGUGGGAAGUCUGGGAAAGGGUACAUGUUCAGAUGCAAGGCGUGCAGUUAUCAGAUGCACCCUUGUUGUGCUAUGUUAUCCAACCAAAUCAACAUCUCUGCACAUCCACACCCGCUCAAAAUUCUUCCUGCAAUAUCCAAUGGGGAUCCUCCUGGUUUUGUGUGCGGGGAAUGCAAUAGGGCCAAGAGAUCUGGUCGAGUCUUCGGCUGCACAUCGUGUGAGUAUCAUCUGCAUGCUGUUUGCGCAAAGAAUAUGGUAAAUGGUGUUCAAGCAAACGGAUAUAAAGGCGUGGAAAAGCCCAGUAUGUUUGGAACUGCAGCUCGGUUUGCUUCACAGGUCAUUAUUGAAUUCAUCGGAGGGAUUAUAGAAGGGAUUGGCGAAGGUGUCGGAGAAGCCUUUGUUCAAAGUAUUGCUAGGGGAAGAAGAUCUACACGAAGACUCCCAACUCCAUCCCAAUGAUUGAUUUCAGACUUAUUUAUUAUAGCUUAGCUGAUGGGAUUUUGGCCUAAGCCAUGUUGUGUAAUAAACCGCUGUAUAUCUAGACCAAACUUGUCGAUUGAGUCACCUCUAUUUUUUAUAUCAACAGAAUUGUCCAAGCUUAUAUUCAACAACAGUAAAGCAUUCUGCCCUAA